GGAGGUGGGGACAGAGGGAAGAAAGAAAAAAAAAGAAAGAGAGGCAGGAAAAGUUUUUUCAGAGGAAAAUGCAGGGUUUGUCCUUAACCCUGACGUCAGAUCUUGCUUUAAUAAAACCCCCCCAGGGCCGCGGAAGAGGCAUAUCUGGGGCUCCUGAUGGGCCAGGCCAGUCUGGGCCCAGCUCCCCCGAGAGGUGGCCGGAUCCUCUGGGCUCUCGCUCGAUGCCUUUGCCACUGACUGCCAGGCAUGAGGUGGUUCCUGCCCUGGACGCUGGCAGCAGUGACAGCAGCGGCCGCCAGCGGCGUCCUGGCCACGGCCCUCUCUCCAGCCCCCACCACCAUGACCUUCACCCCAGCACCCCUCGAGGACACAUCCGCACGCCCCCAGUUCUGCAAGUGGCCGUGCGAGUGCCCAGCGUCCCCGCCCCGCUGCCCGCUGGGGGUGAGCCUCAUCACAGACGGCUGCGAAUGCUGUAAGAUGUGCGCCCAGCAGCUCGGGGACAACUGCACGGAGGCCGCCGUCUGCGACCCCCACCGGGGCCUCUACUGCGACUACAGUGGGGACCGCCCGAGGUACGCAAUAGGAGUGUGUGCACAGGUGGUCGGUGUGGGCUGCGUCCUGGACGGGGUGCGCUACGGCAACGGCCAGUCCUUCCAGCCCAGCUGCAAGUACAACUGCACGUGCAUCGACGGCGCCGUGGGCUGCACGCCGCUGUGCCUCCGCGCGCGCCCCCCGCGCCUCUGGUGCCGCCACCCACGGAAGGUGAGGGUGCCCGGCCGCUGCUGCGAGCAGUGGGUGUGCGACGACGACGACGCCAGGAGGCCACGCAAGACUGCGCCGCGUGACACCUUCGCAGCUGCGGACGAGGUGGAGCCGUGGCACAGGAACUGCAUAGCCUACACGAGCCCCUGGAGCCCCUGCUCCACCACCUGCGGCCUGGGGGUCUCCACGCGGGUCUCCAACGUCAACGCCGGGUGCCAGCCUGAGCAGGAGAGCCGCCUCUGCAACCUGCGGCCAUGCGAGGUGGACAUGCGGCCGCUCAUCAAGGCAGAGAAGAAGUGCUUGGCUGUGUACCAGCCAGAGGCUCCCAUGAACUUCACCCUUGCGGGCUGCAUCAGCACACGCUCCUACCGACCCAAGUACUGUGGGGUCUGCACGGACAACAGGUGCUGCAUCCCCUACAAGUCCAAGACCAUCGAUGUCUCCUUCCAGUGUCCCGAUGGGCCUGGCUUCUCCCGCCAGGUCCUGUGGAUUAACGCCUGCUUCUGCAACCUGAGCUGCAGGAAUCCCAAUGACAUCUUUGCUGACUUGGAAUCGUACCCUGACUUCUCAGAAAUUGCCGAUUAGGCAGGUACAGAUCAUGGGCCUUGGAGCCUGGCUCGAUGCCUGCAAAGCUGCCAGUCCUCUGUGGCUGUAACUUUGCAUCAUUGAGUCUUAUUUUAUCCACUUCCCAUUCACUCCAGUUACCUUGGUCAGUACCCUUGGAAUCCUGUCCUGUCUCUGACUACCCAAACGGCCCAUGAUGGUGCUGCUCAGGCCCACACUAGGGUCCCCUCCUUGGCAGCAUCAGCAUUCACUCCAAGGAAAACACCUGUCUCUAGACUUUCUGGACAAGACCCAGGCCUGAUCCAGCCUGUCCAAGUCACCGAAGUUCUGCUGGAUCUUGCCUAAGUCACAAGGAAUGGAGUCUACUAGAUAGCCAGUACCCUAAUUCCCUCUUUAUAUGCCCAACUGCAAGACUCUUUGGGUCCAUUCUGAAGGAUAGAUGGGAUUUAGAACAGUAGAUUAAUCUAUUAUUUGGGCCCUGCCAAGUGGCACCUCAAUGGGCAGUUCUGACCUCAGCAAAUCGAAACUAUCCCUGAUUCCAACAAUGUGCACUCCCCAAGGUCACCAAACACAUGCCAAGUAAAGUGAAUGGCUGUUUGGUUUGGAUUUUCAAUGGAAGAUUAUAUCUGGGUAUUGUUGAGGUUAAGUUUCUUUUAACCUCUACACUGUGAAGGGUAUAGAUUAAGUUCAUCCCAGUCAGAAAUGCAAUUUGCUAAACAUCCUUGCUGAUGGGAAAAGCCCCCAGUUAAUACUCCAGGGACAGGGCAAGGUGAGCCCAUUCCAGAAGGAUCUCUUGGCCCAAGCAUUGGACCUCUGCUGACUGCCAGGGCUUCAGGCAGUCGGCCGGGCUCUUCCCUGCUUACUCAUCUUCUCCCUGCCUGGGGCUCAUGAGAAUUACUGGAGCCCCUGGAUUUGCCUCUCUGGUGCCCAGAGUGAUGCCCUGGGACAUUCCUCUGUUCUUACGGAGCCUCAAGAGACCCAGCUGCAGACCAGGCCAGACCUUCCUGAAAUGACCAAGACAGGUCCAGAUCAGGCAUGGUCAUACCAAGAAGUGGGUCCACUCUGCGUCCGCCUGGCCUGGCCUCUCAAGCUGGGGCUCUGGAACCCCAAGAGUCCCUGUGCCCAGGACACAUCUCUUUCUGCCUCAGCAACCCACUUCUCAGCCUUCGGAUCUAUGACCAAAACAGCCAGUUUUCUGGUGUGAAGACAAGGGUUUACCAGUUUUUUAGAAACAGAAAUACUUACCAGCGGUUAAAAGUCAAAAAGAGUUGAAGGUAAAAAGAAGAGAAGGUUGUUAUUCAUGGAAAUGAGGCUAUUAUUUAUUUUGUUAGUAAAAUAUAAUAUUUACUGUUAUGAUUCUUUAAUUUAGCACCUUUUAUGUGCUAGACAUUGUUCUCAGUGCUUUAUAUACACUAGCUCAUUGAAUCUUCGCAACGAUGUUGAGAAAUUCCCAUUAUUAUUUCUUUUCUUACAAAUGUGAAAUGGAAGCUCAGAGAGGUAAGAAAACUCGACCUGAGUCACCCAGCUGGUAAAUAGGGAAGCUGGGAUUCAAAUCCAAAUUGGGCUGACUUCAUAAUCUGCAUUUUCCUUCUUUUUAUAGAGCUUCCAAAUAUGUCAGAAUAGGAAAACAUAUUGGAAUAAGUGACUUCUUGCCGUCCCUUUCCCUCAUCAUUCUUUCUAGCUCCUUUCCCAAGAGAAGAGUGUCUGAUUUUCUCAAAAUUUAAUCACCUAAGCAUCAAAAAAAAAAUGAGAUAGACAACAAUCCAUACAUCCCCUAUAGAUCAUCCUCUCCUUCAAAUCAGAACCAAUGUUAGUACUUGGAGUGAAUUGCUCCGAUGUGCUUAGGCAUGGGACAGGGAGGGAGACCUGAAUUCACCAAAUUAAUUCUGCUAAAUCUUAUUACAAGCAUUUGGGGAUCCCUUCCCACAUGCCAGGUCUCGUGCUUUACUGCCAUAUCUCAUUUAAUCCUUGUAGCAAACCUACAGGAUAUGGCAUUAUCAUCAUUUAAAGGCAGCUGGGUCUCCAAGAGGUUGAAUAAUUUGCUCAGGGUCUUACCAGCUAGUGAAGAGCAGACCAGGAUAGAAAACCAGGAUCGCCUGACACCUGAGCCAUCUCUCCCGACACUAAGCCUAGUUAUCCUGCCCCUAAAAUCCAAAGGUAUGACCUUUACAAGAGGUGCUUUACUGAUGAUAGCUGCAAUUUUAACUUUGAAAGUGAUUCGGAGAGUGAUCAAAGAAAGUAGAUUUAAAUGAUAAGAUUGUGUACAGUCUCGCCAGCAUUGUCCUGUGCGUCCAUAGGGUUAUUGUGGGGAAGUAAACUAGCCCAUGACUAUGAUGUUGAAUUAUGUCACUGCUUUUUGCAGACUUGUCAUGAUGCAAAGUAACCAUGGUGAUAACCCCACAUAGCUGGGGUU